AUGAAUUUACAAGACACAGAAGGUUGGAAAGCAGUUAGUGGGGUCCAACUUGGAAUUUUCGUCAUUACUAUUGGUGCGUUCAUUGCCAUCACAUUCAUCCAAAUCAGGAAAGGUCUCAGAAUCAAGACUAUUUUGCCUUUCUGCAUUCUCAUGCUUGUAUUCAAUGGGGUGAAAAUUGUUGGUGGAAUCUUGGGUUUGGUGUUUCUUGGAAAUAAAACAUUCAACAACAGUUUGUUUAUUGCAACGUAUAUUUGUGACUCAAUCAGUUUGGGUUUUAUUACUAGAGCCAUCAGUUCACUAGUUCAAGACAUUUUGGCAAACAAAGUGGGAGAUGCACAAGAGAAUAGUAACCUCAGUCACAUUGAUUCAUACAAUGCCAGUGAUGGAUCCGGUAGAAGGUUCAGAAAAGGGCCAGAAGAUGAGGAGUCUAGUGCUCGAUAUGCCGUCAAAGAGUUCCCACUCAGCUCUCACAGUGGCACGUUGAGCAAGGUGGAGAAUUUGAAAAAAGCACCUUUUAGAAUCCUCACAAUCGUAUUGCUUGCUGCUGUUAUUACAAACAUUAUUGGAACAAGUCAGUUAGACAGUGACGAUACAUCAUCAAACUCAACUGAGCAAACGUUGAUUCGAGUUUCUGCCGUGCUUUUUGUGGUUGGUGUUGCCGGUCUCAUUGCUGUGUUGGCGUACAUUUCAAUCACCUCGGCACACUGUGCUUUUAUUUCACAACUAUUGAUAGCCGCGUUGGUUGUGUUGAUAGUCCGCUGUGUUUAUUCUUUAAUAAGUGCUUUUCACGGUAUUAAUUUCAGUUCACCAAGUAAAUACAUAUUGAUGUUUGGUAUGCCAAAAUACUAUGGUUGCUUGGCCUUGCUUCCGGAGAUUGUUGCCGAUAUUAUCCUAUUAGUUGCCUUCUACAAAUGGUGA